UGAGGUACUUUAUAUACAGUGCAGAAAGAAGUAAAUAUACGAUCAAUCCAUGAUACUAUUAAUUUAAGCCAAUGCACUAGGACCCUGGGGCUCGUAUGUAGUGUAUAGAGACAGCGGGAGAAAUUCCAUUUGUCAUCUUCUAAAACUUAAACAAGGAGGGGGGCAAACAGCCCUCUCUCUGACCGAGGGGCUUCUGAAAGUGCUCCGAAAAGCCCCACAAGAUCUUGGAGUCUCCACGUGACAGCAGCGCCUAUAUAGCAUCAGCACCAGUAGAGUGAUACUCCAUCACCAGCCGAGCACUGCAGCAUAUGCCACAGUUCACACACACAUCCUCAUGCAUCUCAAGGGUUUAUUCUAGAGCUUUUGCAGACUAUUGCAUCCAUGUGUUUUCUCACUCUGUCUAGGGAACGAAGGGACUAAACUUUUCCUGCGAGAGGGAUGCUGGAUGUUCCAAGUCCACUUUGGCAGUCGGAAGGAACUUGAUGUAUAGGCAAAGUUUCUUUUUUUUUGGACUGGACCCGCGCAGGUAUAUUUCUUUCGCUCCUCGCAUCUACUUUUGAGGGCAUCCACCGCGUCCCGUGCGCUUUUGGAGAUUCGCUAAUUCAAGUUCUUUUGAAUGAAAUAGUUCGCUCGCAAACCACGUUGAUCCAUCAAGGUGUAUUUGUUACUCAAACAACCUCAAGUUAAAAGCUUUUUCUCUCUCCACAGACAAUAACGAGACACUUUUUAGAGUAUAAAAAGUGCGUUUCGCUCUCUAAAAUGACAUUAACCGGUGGUGAAAGAUGGUGUUUUCUCUACCCCUCUAAUGUGUGACACAACUGAGUCCGGACUCCUCAACUCCCCGCUCCUCUGUGGAAAAAUAUACAUAUUGAAACCUCAUAUACGGACCUUGCAGGCUCGCGGCGAGUACCUUUGACGCUUUCUAUCGUGAGUCGGGACAAUCAUACAGCCGCCCAGAUGCAGUUUCGUCUGUUCUCAUUUGCGCUGAUCGUGUUGAACUGUGUGGACUACAGCCACUGUCAGACGCAGCAGUCUCACCGCUGGAGAAGAAACAAAAGAGCUAGCUAUGGAGCUUAUCCCAUCUGUAAAGGCUGCUCGGUGUGUUCCAAGGACAACGGGUGUAUGAACUGCCAACCCAAGCUCUUCCUGUUCCUGAGGAGGGAGAGGAUGAGGCAGUAUGGCGAGUGUCUCCAUGCCUGUCCGUCAGGCUACUAUGGCAUGCGCGGGACAGAGAUCAACAUGUGCUCCAGGUGUAGGAUAGAUAACUGUGAGGCCUGCUUCAGCAAAGACUUCUGCACAAAGUGCAAGCCUGGUUUUUAUUUGCACAAGGGCCGUUGCUUCGAAAAGUGUCCAGAGGGCUUUGCUCCUCUGGAGGACAGCAUGGAGUGUGGAGAGGGUUGUGAGGUGGGCCAGUGGAGUGAGUGGGGGACCUGCACCAGAAGAAACAAAACUUGUGGUUUCAAGUGGGGUCUGGAAACCCGAACACGACAUAUUGUGAAGAAGCCACCAAAGGACACGAUACCAUGUCCGACCAUCGCUGAGUCCAGGAGAUGCAAAAUGGCUAUGCGACAUUGCAGAAAAGGUGGUUCGGGGAAGGGCCACCGGACCAAAGACCAGAAGAAGAAGUCCAACAAGCAGAGGCUGCGCUUCCGGGCUCAGAAUCAACACAGUGACCACCUCGCCUCUCUUCGAGCCAGCCAGUAAGAAAAAUAAAAAAUAAAAAAAGAGAGAGAGAGAGAGAGAGAGAGACUUUUCGAUGGAACAAAGACCACAAAGCUGCUAACCCAUGCUCCACACACGCCUACCCUGAUGAAAACACACUCACGCAUCCAAACAGGAUUAUUCUCACUCAUGUGGUCACACUGUGUCUCUGUGCCUCCUGCUGCUUCCCUCACCGGUGACACGUCCCCCGACCCAUGACCCCACUGUGAUAUCAUGGAACACUAUAGCAGCUGUUCAUAUAGCUCAUAUCUCGUCCUAUCUGAGGAGGAAGAAGAGAGAGACUGAGCUGGAAGCACAGAAAGCUUGGGCCUGGAGACCUGGAGUAGAACGAGCACAGAGUGGCGAAAGGAGCAGAAGGGAUUAGAAACGUGAUUGACUGAUAAUGAUGCCCUGAAAAACAAGAGAGAGACUCAUCUGUAUUUAUGUACAAUUUACACCAUCCCCUUCCCUACGAAAUCAAGGCAGAGUGUGUCAUGUAUUGCCUUUCUUGUCUAAUAGGUACUUUGUUUUCCAUAGCAAUGUUGCAAACCAUGCAUAGUUGCGAAAUUAUUAUUCUCAGCACAAGAUGUUUACGUCCAGACCGCUUUAUGCUUUGACUGUAUAUUGUGGGUAAGAAUCUUAGUUGUUCAACUAGCAUGGCCACAAACUCAUGUGUACAUAGUUGGUGAGUUUAUCUAAUAACGGUAACAUUGAUGAUAAAUAUAUAAAAAAAAACAAUUACUGUAUUUUCAGUAUUGACACCUUCAGAGUUUAAAUGUGUAAAGGGUUAUAAUACCAGCUACAGUUAAAUGAAUUUAAAAAGAACAAAAAGCUAAAUAAAAAGCAUAGCCUUCACAUAGCUAUUACAUUUAUAUGGUAUAUAAUUGAUUUAUUUAUUGAUCUUUUUUUAUUAUUAUUAUUUUUAUGUUUGGUGAAAAUUAUGUCUCUGUACCUGAUACUCCUCAGUGCUGAAGUAUUUUUUCAACCACUUAUAACAAUACAAAAUAUCUCCAACAGUGGAAAGCGAUUGUCUGAUUUGCCGAUAAAUGUCCUUCAGAAAUUCAUUGUGUAAACCUGGUUUAGCAUCUUGUUCGUUAUGUUGAUCACACAUCCUGCAGCAGCUGAAGUAUAUCAUCAACUGAUUGAUAAUGUGUAUAUUGUGUGCUAAUAAAACGCAGUUCAUGUUGCACUU